AUGAAGUUGUACCGAAGACUUUUCAUAAGUGCCGCGUUAUUUCUAGUCAGUGUUGACCUUGUUCACUCGAUCGAAAAAGAACAGAUGGCGUCAAGAGAUCCGGUUCAUCUCCGCACCAGACGUCUCGCCGAUGGUGAAGAAAGAAACUAUAACAUACCGGAAUACGUUUUACGAAUAGGAUUUCGUCCCCUUAAGCUGACGGCUAAGAAGGGUAUAUCGCUUCUUAAGGGAAAAUUUCACGAUAUGCGAGCAAAAGCGAAAAUUCAAUCCAUGACCACGAAACCAGAGACUCGGCAAUUUUUCAGGCAGCUGAAGGAGGAAACGUGA